UUCUAGGCAAACUGUUUGUCUACUGACUUCAUACAGUCAACAACGAACGCACUGAUCGGCGGCCCGAAUACGACCAAAAGUGCGAAUGAAUUUUCUUAGUAGAUUCUUUUAAGUUUGAAGAAGUGACGUGUACGAAGCGCGACGUUAUUAUCCUUUCGCGUAUAUAAAGUUUGCAGAAGAAAAGGUGCGGUGUGAUUACGAAAACAAAAUGCAAACUUAAGUUUAUUGUUUAAAACAAAGUAAUUUAUUUAAAACAUAUAAUUGAAAAAAAAAUCAAGAACAUUGUGGAAGCGGUAUAAGGAUUCAAUUAUUUGCCUUUUGUGGAAUUCAUAGAUGUGAAUUUUGCAAAACAAAAGGAUUAUUAAGAAACAUCAAAUUCUCUGGAUUUUAAUAACUUUUUAAGGGGCGUAAAACCUAAGAUGGCUCCCAAUUUGAUCGGUAGUACUUUCCUCAUCGCCGAAACGGCUAUUACUAACAAUGACGCCAAUAAUAACAAGCAAGCGACAUUAGCUAAGUCUGCUUGCAAAGCCAACAACGAUCGUGUACCCCAUCAAGGUGAGCCAGCAGCGUCCAUGAGCCAAAACGCUGCCAAACCUGUGGCGCAGACUCAGAACAAGUCGGAUGUUGCAACGCAAAAACCUUACGAGAUGGAAAUUGUGUGGUUCAAUGUAUUCCUAUUUGUGAUAUUGCACUCGACAGCGCUGUAUGGUGUUUGGUUAAUUUGGGCUGAGAAUGCUUAUUUGGAAUUUCUGAUUGGCUACUUUUACGCCGUACUCGGCGGUCUGGGCAUCACUGCCGGUGUACAUCGUCUUUGGUCGCAUCGCGCAUACAAAGCCAAACUUCCGCUGCGUAUCUUCCUUAUGCUUUGUCAAUCGCUCGCCUUCCAGAAUAGCAUUUACGAAUGGUGCCGUGAUCAUCGCGUUCAUCACAAAUUCACCGAUACCAAUGCGGAUCCACACAAUUCACGUCGUGGUUUCUUCUUUGCUCAUAUGGGUUGGUUGAUGUGCAAGAAACAUCGCGAUGUUAUCGACCAAGGCAAGAGCAUUGAUAUGAGCGACAUUUUAGCCGAUCCCGUGGUUCAAUUCCAGAAGAAAUACUACUUUGUUGUAAUGCCGAUUUGUUGUUUCGUUAUUCCUGCACUCUUCCCUUACUUUGUGAUGGGCUCUUCGUUACAAGUUUGCUUCUUCGUUUGCUCAAUGGCGCGUUAUGCACUCUCACUGCACGGUACUUGGUUGGUAAACAGCGCUGCUCACUUCUACGGCAUGCGGCCAUACGAGAAGAAUAUCAGUUCGGUUGAUAGUAAACUUGUUUCGAUCAUUGCUUUCGGCGAGGGCUGGCACAACUAUCAUCAUGUCUUCCCAUGGGACUACAAAGCGGGAGAAUUGGGCGCAUACCAAUACAACUGGACCACUGCUUUCUUGGACUUCAUGGCGCGUAUUGGUCAAGCUUAUGAUUUGAAAUCGGUGUCCCAAGAGUUGAUCUUAAAACGUGUACAACGUACCGGCGAUGGCUCGCAUUUCUCAUUACAAGAUGUGAAUAACAAUAAUGUGAACCUAAAUGAACUGGUGGCGAAACUUGAUCAUGAGAACGAAGAUACCAUGGUUUGGGGCUGGGACGAUAAGGAUAUUUGCGACGAGGAUCGCAAGGGAGCGGUGCACGAUAAAGAGGAAUAAAGCGUUUCAGUUAGCAGUGCUUUUUUUUUAGAAUAGUACAGUAUUUAAUUAGUAAAAUUGUACUCGGUGCCUGUUGAAAGCUUCCUAUUGUCAUGCUAAAGUUAUCACACUGAACAACUUCAUACAAACAACAAAAACCACGCACAACCACCAAUAUAAAAGUACGAACACUAACACACUCACACACACACACACAAACGCAGGCCAGCGCACACGGUUGCAUAAUUAACAUGCAUAUAUACAAAUGUGUUUGGAAUUCAUUCAAAGGGGGAGGUACUCCAUUUAGUAGCACGCGUGAAGGAAAUAAUGAGGGAAAUUUCGUUCGUACACCGCUGCGCACAAUUGAAAGAAAUCGUGUAAUGAUGAGGAAGUUAAGAAGUUGAUGUUAGAGAUGCAGAUCCAAAGUUACGAUAAUUAUGAUUGUACGUUCUUAUUAAAGGAGGUUAUAUGCGGCAUACAUACUUAUUACGUUAAGGGAGGUAGUUCACAUACAACAUAGAGAGUUAAGGCUAGUUCUAAGGAGAUUGCUUGUAUAGAGUUUUAAGAGUUUUAUUAUUUUCUUCUUAGAACUUGAUUAUGUUUUUAUAUAUACUAUACAUAUAUAAAGAAAUGUUAGUUUUAGUUUGCUUUAAAAUUAUUUUGUAUAUUACAAUAUAAACAAUAACCAAAAAUGUUAAGGUAAAUAAUAAAACAGUUCGAAA